CACACACCACAACACACAACCCUUCUCCCACUUCAUCCUCCUAUCUAUCACCGAAACUUCCCAACUAUACAAUAAUGAUCACAUUCUCCUCCAUGUCGCCACUUUCAAAGCCCGUGAAAAUAAUCGCCUUAGUCAUCCUCGUCAUCCUCAUCCUCUCCCUCACUUCCUUAAUCCUCUUCUUAACCCUACGUCCCCACCACCCAACGUUCACCAUCCCCAAACUCGACGUCCUACAACUAAGCCUCGUCCCGAGCCUGCCACACGACCUCCAAAUCCAGUCCUUAUUUCAGGUCACCUUCCUCUCCCACAACCCGGACAAACGAAGCAGCGUCGAGUACGAUCCAGUCGAGGUGGCUGCCUCGUACAAGGGCCAGCGGAUCGCCGGCGUAGGGGUUUACCGCGGCUUCCACCAGCCGCAAGGGGAGUCCGAUCUGAUGACCGUCCCCAUCGCCGGCUUCCACCUGCCAUCGGUGACGGCGUGGUACGAGCUGGGGAUGGAUCUCGGCGCCGGGAAGGUGGUGGUGAGCGUCGAAGCGAGCGGGAAGCUGAGGUGGAAGAUUCUAGGGUUUCUCCCGACUCGUAGGUUUAGGUUUCGCGUCGACUGUAGCGCUGUUGUUGUCUUGUACGGGCCAGGGAUCUGGACGCUGCUGGAGGAGCCUCAGUGUUCCAAAACCCACGUUUGAUUUUUGUCCAUAUAUAUAUGUAAUGUAUGUAUGUGAUCAUCAAAAUAUAUAUAUUUGAUAAACUCCAAUAAUGUUGCUUCCAAAUCGACUAUCAAAUUGUUCGUUUAAUACUUAGGCGCCAUAUCAACGAAAAGAACAACCUAACGCUUGUAAGGGUUGGCAAAAUCAUGGGGGUUUCCUAGAAGAAAACCAACCUAACACUAUCACGGUGGAUAUAAACCUAGGCGAAACGACCCUUUUGUACUGUUGUCACAACAAAUUCAUCUGGCUAGUUAUCUCAGCUCAGUGAAGUUAAAUAUGGUCAUUUCGGUAAUUUUCCAUGCACAUUGACGAGAUUUUACGGGAAAUUAAAGGAAAUGGUGUGAUUAGGGAAACUUAUGAGAUUUAGGGGCUUUUUCAAUGAAAAAUAAAGUUGAAA